UCGCUCUCUCCUCCUCCUCCUCCGGCCCGUGGAGCGCGCGAGGGAGAGAGAAAGAGAGCCAUGGAGUCCCACCGCUGGCUGCCUCUGGAGGCGAACCCCGAUGUCACAAACCAGUUUCUCAAACAGCUAGGGAUACAUCCCAGCUGGCAGUUUGUAGAUGUGUACGGCAUGGAACCAGAACUCCUUAGCAUGGUGCCAAGACCUGUUUGUGCUAUCCUUCUCCUCUUUCCAGUAACAGAAAAGUAUGAAACAUUCCGAACGGAAGAGGAAGAAAAAAUAAAAGCUCAGGGACAAGAAGUAAAACCAUCAGUGUAUUUCAUGAAGCAAACAAUCAGCAACGCCUGCGGAACUAUUGGGCUGAUUCACGCUAUUGCAAACAACAGGGAUAAAAUUAACUUUGAAACUGACUCCUCACUUAAGAAGUUCCUAGAUGACUCUAUGCCCAUGAGUCCUGAAGAGAGGGCCAAGUAUCUAGAAACUUAUGAAGCGAUCCGUGUCACUCAUGAAUCCAGUGCCCAUGAAGGUCAGACUGAGUCACCAUCAUCCUCACCACAGCCUGAGUUUAGCCACUGCAAAAUGAAGGCUUCACCCUUGCGUCGCUCUGCUUCCUUGACACUGAUCAGAUGCAAUCAUGUAGCCUCUGCAAAAGCCACAAGCCCUGUAAAGGCUACCAGUCCACCUGUCUCCCUCCAGCGAUGGCGGCCCACAAUACCCCUAUCAUCUAUUGGGCUCCAUUCUUUUGCACCCAGUAUAGAUGAAAAGGUAGAUCUUCACUUCAUCGCAUUAGUAAACAUUGAUGGCAAUCUCUACGAGUUGGAUGGACGGAAGCCUUUCCCAAUAAACCAUGGGCAAUCUAGUGACGACACUUUUUUAGAGGAUGCAGUAGAAGUAUGCAAGAAAUUCAUGGAACGUGAUCCAGAUGAAUUAAGGUUCAAUGCAAUUGCUCUAGCAGCUGCCUAAAUUAUUCCUGCACAAGGACAGAAACUGCCUAAUGUAUUGUAACAGAAUAAUGCUUUUGCCAUAAAUCAAUGAUCCAAUUUUUGAUACCAUGCAAAUAACAUGUUGAUGUGGAUUAAACUUCAGAUUUGUCCUUUA